AUGACACAUAGAUUAAGUUCAUUAGAAGAAUACUUUUUUUACAGAAGUACUUGGAACCUACAUUCUUGUUUUUACACGGCCAUUAAAUUAAAUAAGUUACCUACACAAUCACAAAUCGGUUAUGCUUUACAAAAGACCAUACAGAAUUUUUCACAAUUAUAUAGUAAUGUACAGGCAAAAGAAGAUAAGGAUUGUAAUGACAAAUCAUUAUAUAUGACUUCAUUUAAAUUCGAACCAAUUCGAUUUGAAGAUGUGGUAGAGUACAAGGAUUGGAAUGAGUUAAAUACAAAUAACAUUAACUCUAUCUUUAAAGAAUACAAUUUCCCUUAUUUUAAAGAAUGUCCCCUUUGGAAGUUAUUAAUUGUACCUAAAAUAACUACUUUAAUUUUAGCUGUGGACCAUGUUCUUUCGGAUGGGAUUGGUACCAUUAAAUUUUGGCAAUAUUUUAUAGAAAACCUAGGUCCUCAAAUGGACAAUAUUAACAAUCCAGUUUUGUAUCACCCUGAUUCCCUUACCGAACCCAUUAAAGAAUACGUACAUCCGUACGAUCUAUGGCCAAUUUCUAAACUUUGGAAUCUGAAGAGACUCAUAAUACCAUACUUAAUUAAAUAUUUUCCCAACUUGGCCACGGGAUCGAAUUCCCAGCUCUUACAAUUUAACCAAUACCAAUUCCCGGAUAAUUUGUUAAAUAUGAAACUUUCUAAACCUUUCAAUUAUCAAAUUAAAAACUCUAAUAUACACCACAUUUUAAAUAUACCAUAUUCGAAAUUGAAAUCAAUACUUGACGAUUGUAAAAAAAAUCAAGUUUCAUUAACAUCAUAUAUUGCUGCUGUUUUUGCUAUCGUUUUGAAUUCUAAUAUCAACAAUGAAAAUGCCAAUACAAAUAACGGAUCAAUAUUUAAAAUCGAUAUACCAAUGAAUACUAGAAGCGUGUGUCAAAAUAUGUUAAAUAUAGAUCCUUCUGUACUUGAAAUAGGAAAUUUUAUUGCAGGGUUGGAAAUUAAAAUAAAUCGUGCAGAACUGACUAAUGUAUGGUGUGUAGCACAAUUUAUCCAAUCUAAUAUUUUAACAUUUACCAAAACUAAUAUCGAUGAUACUAUUCAACAGGUGAAGUUAUUGGAUGUUAUCCAAAUUAAAGAUUUCCUGUUACAGAAAUUACAUAAUCAAGGUCCAGGAGGUACUUUUGAAAUAACUAAUCUUGGUUUGCAGGAUUUUGCACAUCAUAAUAAUGGGUUCAUUGUUGAAGAUUUAAUAUUUGACGAACCUCAAGGAAUAUCUGAUAUUUUUACAGGUUCAAUAGCCACUACUAAAAAAGGUGGAAUGAACAUUUGUAUCAGCAUUCCUGAAACAAUUGACUAUCAAUUAAGUAAUUUCUAUGAGAAAGUCAAUAACUAUUUUGAUAUGUUUUAA